GCCCGGGAGGCCCUUAGAUUCCGAUGCACGCGUGUGCUGCCUGGAGAGGGGCCCUGGCAGGAGCCGGGGUCUACGCUUUCCGGCGCCGCUAUGCAGGUCUCCAGCCUCAACGAGGUGAAGAUUUAUAGCCUCAGCUGCGGCAAGUCGCUUCCUGAGUGGCUUUCUGACAGGAAGAAGAGAGCACUACAGAAAAAAGAUGUGGAUGUCCGUAGGAGAAUUGAACUUAUUCAGGAUUUUGAAAUGCCUACUGUUUGUACCACUAUUAAGGUGUCAAAAGAUGGACAGUAUAUUUUAGCAACUGGAACAUAUAAACCUCGGGUUCGAUGUUACGACACCUAUCAAUUAUCCUUGAAAUUUGAAAGGUGUUUAGAUUCAGAAGUUCUCACUUUUGAAACUUUGUCUGAUGACUAUUCAAAGAUUGUUUUCUUGCAUAAUGAUAGAUACAUAGAAUUUCAUUCACAAUCCGGUUUUUACUACAAAACCAGAAUACCAAAGUACGGGAGAGAUUUCUCUUACCAUUAUCCAUCCUGCGACUUGUACUUUGUCGGCGCAAGCUCUGAAGUUUAUAGAUUAAAUUUAGAGCGAGGACAGUACCUGAAUCCUCUGCAAACUGAUGCUGCGGAGAAUAAUGUUUGUGACAUAAAUUCAGUUCAUGGCUUGUUUGCCACAGGAACAAUAGAGGGCCGAGUGGAGUGCUGGGACCCAAGAACGCGACACCGAGUUGGCCUCCUUGACUGUGCGCUGAGUAGCGUCCCAGCAGAUGCCGAGAUAAAUAGUUUACCAACAAUCUCUGCUUUGAAGUUUAAUGGUGCCUUAACCAUGGCAGUUGGAACAUCUACAGGGCAGGUCUUACUGUAUGAUCUUCGAUCUGAUAAGCCAUUGCUGGUUAAGGAUCACCAGUAUGGACUGCCCAUUAAGUCAGUUCAUUUCCAGGAUUCAUUAGAUUUGAUUUUGUCUGCAGAUUCUCGAAUUAUCAAAAUGUGGAAUAAGAACUCAGGAAAAAUAUUUACUUCCUUGGAGCCGGAACAUGACAUUAAUGAUGUCUGCCUCUAUCCUAACUCAGGAAUGCUUCUUACUGCCAAUGAAACCCCCAAGAUGGGCAUCUAUUACAUUCCAGUUUUGGGCCCUGCUCCCAAGUGGUGUUCCUUCUUAGACAACUUGACAGAAGAAUUGGAAGAGAAUCCAGAAAGCACAGUUUAUGAUGAUUACAAAUUUGUCACCAAGAAAGACCUUGAAAAUUUAGGGCUCACACAUCUCAUCGGCUCACCUUUUCUCCGGGCAUAUAUGCAUGGAUUUUUCAUGGAUAUAAGACUCUAUCACAAGGUGAAAUUGAUGGUAAAUCCAUUUGCUUAUGAAGAAUAUAGGAAAGAUAAGAUCCGGCAGAAGAUCGAAGAAACACGUGCACAGAGAGUCCAGUUAAAGAAAUUGCCAAAAGUUAACAAAGAGCUGGCACUUAAAUUAAUCGAGGAAGAAGAGGAGAAGAAAAAAUCUACAUGGAAAAAGAAAGUUAAGAGCCUUCCUAACAUACUCGCCGAUGAUCGAUUUAAAGUUAUGUUUGAGAACCCUGAUUUCCAAGUAGAUGAAGAGAGUGAAGAAUUUAGGCUUUUGAAUCCACUUGUUUCAAAAAUUAGUGAAAAAAGGAAGAAGAAAUUAAGACUCUUAGAGCAACAAGAGAUUCAUGAAAAGGAAGAGGAGGAAGAACCGGAAGGAAAGCCAAGUGAUGCAGAAAGUUCCGAGAGUUCCGAUGAUGAGAAAGGCUGGGUUGAAGAGGUCAGGAAACAGCGCAGACUGCUCCAGCAGGAGGAAAGGGGGAGGCGGCAGGAACAGCGUAGGGAGGACCAGCAGACGGUCCUCCAGCCCCAGUUUUAUGAGAUCAAAGCCGGAGAAGAAUUCAGAAGCUUCAAAGAUUCUGCCACAAAGCAGAAGUUGAUGAAUAAAACCCUUGAAGAUCGUUUGAAACUUGAAGCAAAAAAUGGGACAUUGAGUGUAUCAGACACCAUGGUUGGCAGCAAACAAUUGACUUUCACAUUAAAGAGGUCUGAGCAGCAGAAGAAGCAACAGGAAGCUGAGAAACUGCACCGACAGGAGCGGAAAACACUCCGCCGUUCAGCCAGUCACCUGAAGUCAAGGCACCGGAGAGGACGGCCGUUCCGCUGAGAUGGGAAACAGUCCUGCGUGUGAUUCGGAAGGAGCACGUCUCCCCCAUGGGGACCAUCGUUGUACAGGAAACACAGAUGGGGGAGUGCACGUUUUAAAAGUUUCAUGUAAAUUCUUGAUGUAUCUGCAAAGGUAAAGAUCUAGCAGCCUGUCCCUGUGCCAUCUGGGUCAGCCUUUGAAACCAGGCCCCACACCGGUCUGCGCAUCAUCCCCAGGACACUUUCUAUAAGUUGUUCUCCCCAUAAACAUUGUCCUUUCCCCCCUGAUUUAACCAAGUAAAUCAGGUUGUUGUUUUUUUUGAUUUUGUGAAAAGUGUACCAUGAAAUGAGAGAUUGUCCUGUGCUGAAAAUGAACAUCAGUCAUUUUAUAAGAGCUUUUUUCUUGGACUGCCUGCUGCCAUUCACAGUUAAACCACCUAGAAAUAAUACCAUUCCUGUUUACCUAAUGUGUAAGUGUUGGUCGUGUCUAUACUUUUAUGUUGUUUCUUGUUUAUAAGAAGCAUAAGAUUUUAUGGGAUUUUAAAAUAUAUAUUUUUUUAUGCCAAGGGAAUAUAAUUUAAUGGUAAUAACCUCAGACAAGAAAUGGAAGCUACUGGUUAUUCUUUUAACUUGGCACAAGAUUAAAUACAGAUUUUUUUUUCUCUUUCUUAAGUGCAAUUAGAGAUAAACUGGCUGGAGAAAACAUUUAUAAAAAUAAAUGUUUUUAUUUGAACAGCU